CUUUGACUGCAGCCGACGCACGUGGCCGUUGACGUCCGUCACAUCUCGCCGCCGGUUACGUCGGCAGGACAGGAAGUGGAGCGAGCAGACUGUGAUGAUGGAGCUGUGUCCCGGAGACGGUGCUCAUCGGGAUGUUAUCUGACAUUUCGAGAGAAACGACAAGCGUAAUGCGGGUUUGUCGCGCGAUGUGAGACAGCGGAUCGGAGUCAGGUAUGACUCAGAUAUUCGUGAAAAAGCUAGCUGGCUGUUAGCUCGGUUAGCUCUCAUCCUUCCAGCUCCGAGCAGGCAGCGAGCAGCUCGCCGACCCGCUGCUGCACCACACGGAGCCCGGUGAGAAGAUGACGAGGCCUUAAUAUCACACAAGCAACGGUGUGCAGAGUCAGCAAAUACAGACAUGGCGUCGCAGCUCCAGGUGUUCUCCUCCCCCUCUGUGUCCUCCAGUGCCUACUCUCGCUCAAAGAGACUUAAAGUGGAGAACCCCUCCUGGGAUGCAUCCAGCCAGCUGGGAGACAAUGGUUACUACCAGCAGAGCCCUACCCAGGGAGCUGCACCCUCAACUUCCGGCUCCAACUUUAACCAAGUGUACACUUCCAACCAGGUCCACGCGCCAACGGCUGGCUCAAGGGAGCAGACAGUGGUGCGGGCGGCAGACAGCACAGGCAGCCUUUGCGGGCCUCCUUCGUCCUCCUCUUCAUCUUCCUCCUCCAGCCGGCGAAUCAAGGAUGCAGAGUCCUCCUCCCAGCCGUCCGACCUCUACCACAAGCAGUACAGCCUGAAGAGGAAGAGUGAGGAGGUGGACAGCAGCGACAGCGUGCAGAUACUGGAGGAGCUCUCCGCCCCUGUGGUCACAAACCGCAAUGGUGGCGGCGGCGGGGGAACCACCACAGCUCAGUCCAUAGCACACUCCACCUCCACCACCAAGAGCAGCAACUCCCACAGCGAGGGCGACUAUCAGCUGGUCCAGCACGAGAUCCUGUGCUCCAUGUCCAACAGUUACGAGGUGCUCGAGUUUCUGGGACGCGGCACCUUCGGUCAGGUGGCUAAAUGCUGGAAGCGGGGCACAAACGAGAUAGUGGCGAUUAAAAUCUUGAAGAACCAUCCCUCUUAUGCUCGGCAAGGGCAAAUUGAGGUGAGUAUCCUCAGCAGGCUGAGCACGGAAAAUGCCGAUGAGUUCAACUUUGUCCGCUCGUACGAGUGUUUCCAGCACAAGAAUCACACGUGCCUUGUGUUUGAGAUGCUGGAGCAGAACCUUUACGACUUCCUGAAGCACAGCAAGUUCAGCCCUCUGAUGCUCAAGUGCAUCCGGCCAAUCCUGCAGCAGGUCGCCACCGCGCUAAUGAAGCUGAAGAGCCUGGGGCUGAUCCAUGCCGACCUGAAGCCUGAAAACAUCAUGCUGGUAGACCCUCUGAGGCAGCCAUACAGGGUGAAGGUCAUUGAUUUUGGCUCGGCGAGCCAUGUUUCCAAAGCUGUAUGCUCAACUUACCUGCAGUCUCGAUAUUACAGAGCUCCAGAGAUUAUCCUGGGCCUUCCUUUCUGUGAAGCCAUCGAUAUGUGGUCUUUGGGAUGUGUCAUUGCUGAGCUGUUCUUGGGAUGGCCCCUUUAUCCCGGUGCCUCAGAGUAUGACCAGAUUCGCUACAUUUCUCAGACCCAGGGUCUUCCAGCAGAGUACCUCCUUAGUGCAGGAACCAAGACCAGCCGCUUUUUCAACCGAGGGCCCGACUCGAGCUACCCGCUGUGGAGGCUCAAAACACCUGCAGAGCACGAGGCAGAAAUGGGCAUCAAGUCGAAGGAGGCAAGAAAAUACAUCUUCAACUGUCUGGAUGACAUGAUGCAGGUGAACAUGACAAACCUGGAGGGCACAGACAUCCUGGCAGAGAAGGCUGACAGACGGGAGUUUAUAGACCUGCUGAAGAAGAUGCUGACACUCGACGCUGACAAAAGGAUCACACCUAUGAAGACGCUGAACCACCCAUUUGUUACCAUGACCCACCUGCUGCACUUCCCGCACAGCUCACAUGUGAAGUCCUGCUUCCAAAAUAUGGAUAUAUGUAAACGCCGAUGCAGCGCCUUUGAGAAUGGAAAAAAUAUGUUUGCAAGCAACAACACCCCGAGUGCAGCAACAAACCUCACCGUCACAUUCAGUAGCCAACUUAAUCAGCACAAUCAAAUGACCUCUACAGGAGGCCAGUCCCUGUCUCUCAGUAGUAAUGUCCCACUGCUGAACUAUCAGCCUGGCCUCUACCAGCAGGCCACCAUCAACAUCCCUGGUCUGACCCAGCAGGGAGUUCCUCUGCAAACCAGACCCACCCAGCUCUGCACCCAGACCGAACCCUUCCAGCAGACACUUAUUGUUUGCCCACCAACCAUCCAGGGUCUUCAAACCUCCAACAAGCCAUCUGCUUACCCAGUGAGAAUGGAAAACUCAGUACCCCUAGUCCCUCAGAACCAGUCCUCCCAGUCUCUUCACAUCCAGCCCAGCAUGCUGGCAGGGCAGGGCUGGCCAGCAGGAACACAGCAGAUCCUCAUCCCUUCCACAUGGCAACAGAUGCCUGGCAUGUCCAUUCACAACCCGGGGCAGGCUGUGGUGCCAGACUCACCCAUGGGAGCCCCCAUCUCCGACAGUCAGCAGACUUCAGGCUGGAGGGGUCGCCAUGGCAGCCAAUACGAUAGCGUUAACCAGCAAGACUCUGGCGCUGGCCGUCAUACUGGGACCCAAAACCACAGCUCAGGGGCCGCUCACUUGAGAUCCCAACAGGGCAAGAGAUCAAAGGCUCGACACGCUGAGAGCAGACCCAGGCCGGUGUCCUCAGUACAAUCAGCCACCAAUGUGGUCAACAGCACUUCCUUUGCCGGUGACCAGUCUCAGCCCAUUGUUAUCUCUGACACACCAAGCCCUGCUGUCAGCAUCAUCACCAUUCACAGCGACUCUGAAGAUGAGGAUGAUACAAAGUUUCCUGCCGCCUGCUCUGGAACAAGUCAGAGAACCAAUGUGAUCAGCUGUGUGACUGUGCACGACUCCCAUGACUCAGACUCCUCUACCAGCAGCCCCCUGAGCUCCAAAACCUCCUCUCAGCCUACAAAGUCUCUAGCAGUCAUCAUGCCCUCAGUAAAGAGCCAGCCUGGAGAAAGCACAACCCACAAGGCUCCAGCAGCUUCAGAUCAAGCUACAAGUUGCUCAGUAAAGUCCAAAAAGGCAUCCACACAAGCAUCCGGUCGGUCAGGAGAUUCCACAACCGAGCGCAAUCAGCGCGCUGCGUCCAGCAGAUCUCAGCCUCUGAAUCUGAGUCAGCUGCAGCAGUCUGUGAUGCCAUCUUCUCAUGAGCAAACAGCAAGCAGUAGCUCCCUGAGGAGGCAGCCCACAUAUCCCCCUCCCGUCUCCUCCCACUCGUCCUACCGGCUCCACGAAAGCACCCUCUUUGGCUCGACCCCAAAUCUGUAUGCCUACCCGGCCUCUGCCGCCUUGGCCUCAGUGUCUCAGGCUGUAGACCAGAUGCAGGGCGGUACAUCCCGCCAUGGCAGGGCAAGCGGGGCUUACUCCUCUUUGGCUCUGCUUCAGAAGAACAGCAGCUUAGCCCUCGGGGGGUCUGCUCCAGGACAGUACGGCAACAACCAUCAACAACAGCAACAGCAGCAGCAGCAACAACAGCUGGCAGCACAGCCUUUCCACCGCUCCGGUGUUGCUUACCAGCGAAAACUCAACCAAUAUCCCUACCUGUGAACACUGAUGAAGACCAAACUUAGACCGCGACUAGAGACGAGCACAAGCUCAUCACAGGCGACUGUGAUCGGACUCUUUUUAUUAUUUUUCUUCUUCUUCAACUCAACUGUUUUUUUCCCGUCCAGCUCCAGAGUGUGUUACUAUUUUAAUCGUUGUCAAGUUUUACUUUAAUAUUCUCUACCUUUGAGGUUUCUUUGCGUCAUAUGUCACAGGUUAGCGUGCCGUGAGCACACAAGCAGAAGAUAAAGCUAAAUUUACUUACAGACUGUAAUUUAUUUGUCACAUAUCAAUCUAAUACUUUGAUUUUAUGAAAGCUGUGUGGAACUCUACUGUUAUGCUGCUAUAUUAAUAAUCAUCACAUUCAUCAAAUAAUGGGUUAAAUGACACAUAUACAUAUAAACAAAUGCCUCACUUAAUUAUACCAUUUUCUUUUAAUUUAAAAGUCUGCACAUUGUGAUAAGUUACCUUGCUGUGUUUUAUGUUUUAUUUAUGAAUGUACUGUAUGUAUGUGUGUGUUUUACCUGUACUAUAUUACAAAAGCUAAUGGAGACUAAGCGGCGUACUGUACUGUAUAAUGACGUGUCUGUGUGUUUUUAUUGUUUGAGUACUGGCCUUUAACUUGACUAUAUUUGUAUGUUUGGUAUACUGAAUGAUGCAUUUCUGCAUAGAGUAGGUGUAUCAGAGGAGACUUUCUUUUCGUCUGUUUUUUUAGUUUAAUGUUAAGGUUGCAUGUGUCUGACAUGGAGUAGCAUUCAGGGGAGGUUUGUAAUCUGCAGCCACGCUGGUUUGUAGACAGAUUAGUAAUGUUUAAUUUGUACGGCAAACACAUUAAUAAUACUGGGAAAAUGUACAAGUUCUUGUCUUGUGAAGUGAUGUCUGUGGAGUAAAGCGUGCACAUAAAAUGAAAUUGGGUAUCGCAUACGUAGAAGCUGAAGCCAUUUAGAUUAAAAAAUUCACAGUGCUGCAUUUUUAAUAGUGAAUAAUCAAAUCUGACAAGGACAAUUUAUAUAAAAAAAAAAAAAUUAUUAAUUGAUGUUCAGUAUGUCACUGCUUCUAAGCAAAUCAUUGGUUUGGUGAAAUGAUGGUUGUUCUUCCAAUCCUGCUGUGUUGUGAAGUGCUACAUUACAUAGAACACACAAUGAACCUUAACCCGUAUAUACGCAAUAAAAACCUUAUUAAAACAGGA